GGGUCAGAGACCUCCUCGCUGACUAAAAUCUGACAAUACAGACGAAGCUUUGCAAAUAAUUUCAUCAAGGGAGAAGAAUUAUUUUAGACAUUUUUAGAUGGAAAAAGCUUUUGGUUGUGAUGACACUGCCCUCAGAAGCAGCAGCAAUACUGACAGACCAACAUGUCCUGUUUUACCCAGUCAACUUAACGAGCAUGUACUACAAUGUCAUAGUACUGAAAAUGGGACAGUGGAGAACUCAAGGAGAAUAAUGAAAUCAAACAUGUCCAUAUCAAUGGACAGUCAAUCUGAAAUCUUGGAAAGAAGAGGAAAACCAACACUAAUUAGGUCCAAAACAUUUGAUCCCUCAUUAUUGUCACAUGUCCAAUGUGACAUUGAGUCAAAGACUGAAAGGAAGAAGCAGCACAGCUGCCAUUUUCAUCGAACAAAUACCCAAUACCACAAACUUUUCAAAGAUAUUAGUGAAAAUGAGUUGCUGAAACAAAGUUACACAUGUGCACUGCAGAAAGAUAUUCUUUACCAAGGGAGACUUUUUGUGUCUGAUAACUGGAUCUGUUUCCACUCCAAAGUUUUUGGUAAAGACACAAAGAUUGCCAUUCCAGUUAUAUCUGUAUCAGUAAUAAAGAAAACUAAAACUGCAAUCUUGGUACCAAAUGCAUUGAUUAUUGCCACAGCACUUGAAAGGUAUGUUUUUGUGUCAUUCCUGUCCCGAGACGCAACAUACAAGGUUUUGAUGUCAGUGUGCUCCAAUUUGGAUGACAAGUGUCUAGGAAACAGCCCUGUUCCCCAUUCCUCUGCAGAUGGCAAUUAUACAGUAUCACCUUCCUCACUUCCCAUGAAUUAUGCAGCAGAUUUGUCAGAUUUGGAUGGCCCAGUGGAUCAAAGAAGACAAGAAAUCGGAUAUAGCAGUAGCUCAGACUCUCCAGAUUCACCGUUAUAUAAGAAAAUUGCAGAACACAAACGGAAUGUUUUUGACAGUAAAACCCAGAGACCAAGCUUGUUAAAUGUUCUUCUGAUGGUGUAUCUAUUUCUAAUCUGCAUUUUGAUGAUGUCUUCGUGUUACAUGGCUUACAAGAUCAUAUAUUUGGAAAAGAGGCUGAACUCUAUAGGCUCUAUGGCUGAAUUAACACAUUCUGGAGAUGAAUAUAACUGCAUAUUCUCUGAGGAUACUUCUAGCAUCUACUCUGCUGUGUCCAUUAAUCUUGUGAAGUUGGAAAAGAUUCAGAGAGGCCUAAAGAAACUCUUGGAUGAGACUUAGUGAUGUAUGUUUAUUCCUUAGAUCUCAGUCACCACAAGGGGCUGAGAUCUUUACCUGGUGUACCAGUCACUGUCAUUGCGAGUUUUAGCCAUGAUAGGACUAAAGAUUAUGGGCAGUGUUUUCCUGGACAUAAUAAAAUAAAGCUUAGUUUUUAUUCCUAAACCUGGAAUACUUUGUACACUCAGAAUACCACCCAAGUAGCAAUUCUGUUGUGCAACUCUUUUCUUAUUCCCUCACUGAAAGCAUAGCAGAAGUGGGUUAAAUUCUGUAAUUCAACAAAAAUGGUUUGAAAGGCUUAGGUUGAAACUACAAAAAACAUUUAUUUUAUCCUUGCAUGUGCUAGAAAAGCACAAUGAUAAACCAGAGUGAUUUGAAAUUACAAUGCAUCAUCAAAUUUAAAACAUCUCACCUCUUAGCUGAACCACUUCCACAUCCAUGUCAGUGGAGUCUCAUUUCUGAACAUGAUACGAACUGAGCUUGCUAGUAACUUUAAAGUAAAGUUAAAUUGGUCGCUAUAUGAAAAAUUGUAGAUGCCACAUUAAAAUACAUUAGUGAAUCUAAUAACGCUAUUGUCCAGAUUCAGUUAUAAAGCAUUCCAGGUGUAUGGAGAAAUGCUAAUAUAAUGUAGUAUAAAAUGCUGACAUUAUUGCUUGUAACUUGUUUUUUUUUUUUUUCAUUUAAUCACAUAUCAUAAAUUUGACUUGUUGAAGACAUCAUAUAUUUUUGUACUAUGUCACAGCUUCUGUAAAUACCUUAUAAUUUUAUCUGUGAUGCCAAUAUUUUGAUUCUGUCAUGUCAAAGCCAGAAUCAGGGCCACACUAUAACAGAAGGAACACAACCCACCUACAGUACAAACAUGGUCACCACAACACAACACCCAGCACACAUGGACUUUCACCAUCCUUCUAAUCAUGUUCUAACUGAACUCAGUCAUGAACCAGACAAAAGUACAUACACAACACAACAGUUCACUGUGAAUUAUAUACUCUGGCUCCUUGUUACUAGUCAUUACCAAGCCUUUAGAUAUAUUGAUACUGAUAUGCUGAAUUUUUCUGUUUUUUUCCAGUUUUUGAUCCUUGUCUUGAUUUGUUCACACUGUUUGAAAAUCAUCUGACUAUUAACUGUUUCCUGUUUUGUGUUUGCAUCCUAAUUCGGAUUUGUUUUGAAGCUUAUUAAAUGAAGCUGUUUAU